AUGAUGGCAAGUAGAGGCCUUCCCACACACACACUGCAGUUUUUAUCACCUCGACUAAGCUGGAGGAGGCCUCCAGCAUCAAAAAAAUGCAUCCCUUGGACUUCCAGUACAUUAUGUCCUACGAAGACUCAGAAAGUCUUAAACGCUCCUAACUAUGACUUCUUUGAUAAGAAUAAAUCUUUAAACUCAAAUCAUCUGAGGACUAUCAUAUUAGGUCACAAAUUUAAUCAGCAUCGGGAUUUUCGAUCUGCAGCUCGACAACCCCGCGACCAUCACUUCGAUACACUUAAGUUCGUUCGACGUUUGCAGGAGGAAGGUUUUACUGAAGCACAGUCGGUAGCUAUGAUGAAGGUUCUAAGCGACGUUAUCGAAGAAAGUAUUCGGAAUUUAACACGUACAAUGGUCUUACGAGAAGAUCAAGCCAAAGCGACUUACACUCAGAAGGUUGACUUUGCAAAACUUCGUACCGAGUUAUUGUCUGCUGAUUCUACAGAAUCUGCGACAACUCGGGCAACUCACGAGCGUCUGACCAAUGAUCUUGCCAAAUUAAACAGUAGAUUGAGAGAUGAGAUAAAUCGUACGCAGGCAUCAGUCAGAUUAGAUCUCAACCUCGAAAAAGGUAGAAUAAGAGAAGAGGCAAAUGUGCAAGAACUCAAGAUUAAAGAAACAGAAACCAAAAUUGAACAAGCAGUAGCCCAUUUAAGAGAAAAAUUAGAAGGAGUUAAGUUUCAAACACUCCAAUGGCUUAUGGGAGUUUGCACUGGUACGGCGGCACUUAUACUAGGUGCUUGGAGACUAUUGAUGUAG